AUGUCCGCACCACCGCCCCCGCAAUGGGUUGUCGACCUCAACUCGGCGCCCGCAUCGAAACCCAAGAACGCAUCGCUCCCAGACCCACCAGGCUACACAGCGUCCAUGACUCGCAAAGAGCGCGCUCUCUCCUCCAAGAAGACCCGCGUGCCACCUACCCCAGAAGAGAUGGACACACUCAAGAUGAAAAAGGCGUGGGAAGUCGCCAUAGCCCCCGCGAAGCAGCUGCCCAUGAACGCUUUUGGCAUGUACAUGACCGGAAACUCGCUUCAGAUCUUCUCUAUCUUCAUGGUUUUCACGCUCUUCAAGACACCCGUUAUGGCUGCACUUGGCAUUCAGCGCACAUUCGCACCCUUCGAAACACCCGGCACAGCUGGUCGCCUGCUGGGUGUCAAGGUCGUCUAUAUCCUCACUAACCUGCUCAUGCUCGCAUUGGGUAUCUGGAAGGUGAAUGCAAUGGGACUGCUGCCAACGACCCGGUCAGACUGGCUGGCAUGGGAGGGCGAGAGGACAUGGUCAGAAAGAGCCGUGCCCAGGGAGUGGCUGUAA